AUGGCGCCCGCACGACUCGCCCACGAGAAUGUCUUCAUCAACGAGACAGCCGUCGAAUCUCGAAACUUUCGCCAUGAAAUCCUUAAUGCCGAUGUAUGUGUUUGCGGCGGAGGCCUCGCCGGCGUCUGCACGGCCAUCACAGCAGCACGAAAUGGUGUCUCGGUCAUUCUUUUGCAGGACAGGCCAGUUCUAGGAGGAAAUGCUUCAAGCGAAGUCCGUCUCUGGAUCCUCGGCGCAACGUCGCACAUGUUCAAUAAUAAUCGCUAUGCGCGCGAGGGUGGGCUUGUCGAUGAGAUCCUUCUCGAGAACCUGCACCGCAAUCCCGAAGGAAACCCGUUGAUUCUCGACACCAUCCUGCUCGAAAAGGUCGUGGAAGAGAAGAACAUCCAGCUCUUCCUGAACACGGCGCUUAUCGGCGCCGACAAAACCGGUGAUCGCAUUUCGGGCGUCACGGCCUUCUCGUCCCAGACCUCGACGAUGUUCAACGUGAAUGCCACGCAGUAUAUCGAUUGUACCGGAGAUGGCGCGCUCUCAUUCUUAGCGGGCGCGCCUUUCAGAAUGGGUGCUGAGCAGAGCGACGAGUUUGGUGAGCUCUUUGCGCCUUCGUCUGAAUAUGGACAUCUGCUGGGCCACUCGAUCUAUUUCUACUCCAAGGACGUCGGUCGGCCAGUAAAGUUCGUCGCUCCAUCAUAUGCCCUGCAAAAUGUCGAGGACGAGAUUCCCCGCUUCAAGAACUUUACGGUCAAGGAAAAGGGGUGCAGUCUGUGGUGGAUCGAAUAUGGGGGGAGAUUGGACACAGUGCAUGAUACAGAGAAAAUCAAGUGGGAGCUGUGGAAAGUCGUCUAUGGGGUCUGGGACUACCUCAAAAACUCUGGCCGAUUUCCCGAGGCUGAGAAUCUCACCCUUGAAUGGGUUGGCACUAUCCCAGGCAAGCGAGAAAGUAGACGAUUUGUUGGUCCGUACAUGUUGCGGCAACAGGACAUCAUCGAGCAAAGAUUCCACCCUGAUGCAGUCUCAUAUGGUGGCUGGUCGCUUGAUCUGCAUCCUGCCGAGGGUGUCUACUCAGAGGUUGAUGGCUGUACCCAGUGGCACUCGAAAGGCGUGUAUCAAAUUCCUUUAUCCACGAUGAUAUGUACCCAAGUCCCCAAUCUACUCUACGGAGGAAGGAUUAUCUCCGCCUCUCAUGUUGCGUUCGCUUCCACACGAGUCAUGGCAACGUGCGGGAACAACGGAAAUGCGCUGGGUAUGGCGGCGGCUCUUUGCAAGAAACUGCAAGUCGACCCGAUCCAGCUCCUGGAGAAGAAGAACAUGACGAUGCUGCAGCUGGAACUGAUGAGAUUCGGCCAGUUCAUCCCAGGCUACAAGAUGGACGACCCACUUGACCUGGUUCGACAGGCGACGUCAGUCAAAGCAAGCUCUACGCUUGAGCUGUCGGAACUACCAGCAGAUGGUCCUCCGAAGGUCCUGACCAGAAGUCUGGCACAGAUGAUUCCUCUCCCAGCUGGAAGUGUGCCUAACUUCACUGUCACUGUGCAGGCUGUCGAGGAUACCACAGUCGUUGUCCAGCUGCGAGGCUCUAUGAAGGCAUACAACUACACGCCCGAGGUUAUCCUCGCCGAGAGACAGUACCAGGUUACGGCUGGAGAAAGCACGGAGAUCACCAUCAACCUGACCGACGUGUCGAACCCACAUGCACAAUAUGUCUUUCUGUGUUUCAUGGAGAACGAGUCCGUCGCCAUUUGCACCUCGCGGACGCGAGUAUCAGGCCUUAUGACAGUCGAGCAUGAGUGUACUCAGUCCCCGCCAUCUGGUGUGGGCGUGGAUACCUUCGAGCGCUGGACCCCAGUGCGACGGCCGAUGGGCCACAACCUCGCACUACGAGUCGAUCCACCAGUUCGCGGAUGGGGCGCGGAAAAUAUCCGCAAUGGUGUGGCAAGGCCGACCAAGCGGGCAAACUGCUGGGUUCCUGCCAGCAUCUCUGCGCGUCGCAUGCUGACCCUACAUUGGGAUAGGCCAGUCCAAGUAUCUCGACUAGUUGUGCACUUUGAUACCGACUAUGACCAUGCUCUCGAGUCUGUUCUGCGAGGUCAUCCGGAGCGCCAAAUUCCGUUCUGCGUUAGGAGCUGGCGUGUGCUUGACCUUUCGAAAGACGGUGAAGAAAUUGAGCUUUUCCAGGAAGAUGACAACCACCUGUCUCGACAGGAUGUAUCUUUCGAGACAGUGCAGGCAACAGAACUUGGGUUUGAGAUACUCGAGGUGCAUGGCGACCCGAAGGACACUUUGGGUGGGAUUUUCGAGAUCCGGGCGUACGAAUAA